GACCCUUCAGGUCUGAACAACUCUCGAGUUGGAAAUGACUCCUAACGCACGGCUACGGAAGAGAAGAUCCGGACUGAUAUUGUGGCACAAAGUUAGCAAAGUUUUUUGUUUUGUUUUUUUAACUCAACUUAUACAAAAAACAGUGGAGUAAUAUUGGACAUGUCAAUGAAGAAUAUAUUCUCGACAGGGUUGCGGGAAUAAAGUGUCCUUCCCUCCUGGAAUCCCAGCAUCUGCCGAGUCAUCAGUAGUGAGUUAGGGUGUCAUGGCCGCUGGGUCCCGGACAUGCAGAAAUCACACCUCAUAGUGCUUCCCCCAGCCAACCACUUGCAAACCACACACGGAGGAGGAGGAGCAGGAGAAGGAGCAAGGGUGAUAAUGAUAACCACAUCCUAUAUGAACGGUCACAUGACUGAGUCAGACGGAAGAGGAGGAGUUGAGGCCAACCAGGAGGAGCCCCAGCAGUGGCACAGGGAGAUGGCGGUGGACUGCCCGGGGGACCUGGGUGCCCGUACCCUGCCUGUGAGGCGCUCUGCCCAGCUGGAGAGGAUCCGUCAGCACCAGGAAGACCGGAGGAGGAAGGAGGAAGAGGGCAGGAACAGACAGGAGCUGGAUCUGACCGCCUCCAUACGGCUCAAGAAGCUGUCUCAGAACCCCAAGGUGGGCAUCGAUAACCCCACCUUCGACCCCAUCGAGGGCCCUGGAGGGCCACUGGGACUGCCACCCAACCUGGGGGCCCCCACUCUACUGGAGUUGGAAGAGCUGCUGAUGUCCCUGAAGCAGGUGCAGCACUGCCUGUCUGACGGCCAGAGCCAGGAGGACGUGGAGCUGGUGCUGCAGCUGGUCCAGAAGACUGACUUCCAGAAGGCCUUCAACAUCCACAACGCUGUGGCCCAGCACAUGAACAGGCCCAGCCCGCCCUUCCCACACACAGACCGCGCUCAGGGCCUGGCACACGAGGUCCAGUCUAUGGUUCAUAACAGCCAACACAAGGAGGGUUUGGAGCUCAACACCCUGCUCUCCUCACCACAUGUCCAGGCGGUGCUUCUGGCCCAUGACUGUGUUGCGGAGCAGGAGAUGCAGCUGGAGCCCCUGACCCCUGACCCCUGUGAGGCUCUCACCCAGUGGGGAGGGGAGACUGUCAAGAUAGUCCGCAUGGAGAAGGCCAGGGACAUCCCACUGGGUGCGACAGUGCGUAACGACAUGGACAGCGUGGUAAUAAGCCGCAUCGUGAAGGGCGGUGCGGCGGAGCGCAGCGGGCUGCUGCAUGAAGGAGACGAGGUUCUGGAGAUCAACGGAGUGGAGAUCAGAGGGAAGGACGUCAACGAGGUCUUUGACAUCCUGGCCGAAAUGCACGGCACCCUGACCUUCAUCCUUAUCCCCAGCUCACAGAACAAACCCCCGCCCAUCAAAGAGACUGUGGUCCAUGUGAAGGCUCACUUUGACUACGACCCGUCUGAUGACCCCUAUGUGCCGUGUAGGGAACUGGGCCGCUUCCAGAAGGGAGACAUCCUCCACAUCAUUAGCCAGGACGACCCCAACUGGUGGCAGGCCUACAGGGACGGAGACGAGGACAACCAGCCCCUGGCCGGGCUAGUACCAGGCAAGAGCUUCCAGCAGCAGAGAGAGGCCAUGAAGCAGACCAUAGAAGAGGAUAAAGAGCCAGAGAAGUCGGGAAAGCUGUGGUGUGCUAAGAAGAACAAGAAGAAGAGGAAGAAGCUCCUUUACAACGUCAAGCAGAAUGAUGACAACGACAGUGAGGAGAUCCUGACCUAUGAAGAGAUGGCGCUCUACCACCAGCCAGCCAAUCGAAAGCGACCCAUCGCCCUGAUUGGUCCUCCCAACUGUGGGCAGAACGACUUGAGACAGAGACUGCUGUCCAGCCAGCCAGACAGAUUUGGGGGAGCAGUCCCACACACGACGCGGAACAGGCGUGAUGUAGAGGUGAGUGGGAGAGACUACCACUUUGUCUCCCGCCAGGCCUUUGACAUGGACGCCACUGCGGGGAAGUUCAUUGAGUCCGGAGAGUUUGAGAAGAACCUGUACGGAACCAGCACUGACUCUGUCCGCCAACUCAUCAACAUGGGCAAGAUCUGCCUGCUCUGUCUGCACACACAGUCGUUGAAGACUCUGCGUAGCUCGGAUCUGAAGCCUUACAUUAUCUUCAUCGCUCCUCCCUCCCAAGAACGGUUGCGAGCCCUCCUGACCAAAGAGAGCAAGAACCCAAAGCCAGAGGAGCUGCGUGACAUCAUCGAGAAGGCCCGUGAGAUGGAACAGAACUUUGGCCACCUGUUUGAUGCAGCCAUCGUGAACACCGACCAGGACAAGGCCUAUCAGGAGCUGCUGAGGCUGAUCAACAAACUGGACACAGAGCCACAAUGGGUCCCCUCCUCCUGGCUACGCUAAGGGCCGGGGCAGUAUAACACACCCACAAUGCUAACCUGACUAGAGCCCUGUAAAAUCUGCAAUGCACAGAAAGUGAACGGAAUCACAGAAUCAAACAUUGAAACAUAAUUCAACAAUAUGCUAACAUUUAUUGAACUUUGUAGGCGAUCAACUAAAUGUAUUAAUUUUCCCAAGUUUAUCAUAAGACAUGAACAGAAUGCAUCAGUGAUUAUUAUUUCCUGCAAGUUUCUGAAUAAGCAAAGAUAAUUCCUCGUCUGUAUGCGCAGUGCGUGCGUUUAUCACUUUGUGUAGCCAUUAGCAAUGAUGCUAAUGAAAAGUCUUCUGGUAGAUAGAUGGAAAUGCUUUCACAAAAACCUUCAUUUAAAUGUUAACUACAAAGUAGCCUAUGCUGACCUGGCAGAAUGAUAUUAUUUGCAUCAAUCCAGUGGGUAUUUGUUUUGCAAACUCUGUCAUUGCAUGUGAGCUACAAAAACACUGCUAAACAACAGCCUCUUGCUAGCACUGGAAUUAAAGGGUAACUACACCCGAAGAUGAACAUUUAAAAAAAAUGUUCCUAGACAUCAAAAGUGGUCUCCAGAUGUGGUUUGAGCAUUGUUGUGGACUUAGAACAUCCAAUUUAGUUGUUUUCUAUUUUUAAAAAGUGUGAUUUUGAGAGUGAAAACCUGAAAAAACAAGGGGAAAUGGAAAUCUGGAAAAACGGUAUUGGGGAAAAACGGAAUCCUACAGAUUUUUUUUAAAUGUUAAAAAAUGUAUAGGGCCCUACCUGACACACACACACACUGCUGAAGAUUUGCCUUGACUCAAUUCUCCAACCACAAGUCUCUGUGUGAGACUGGAGGUAGAUCCUCAAUCACCACAAGCUGAAGAUGAAUGAAACAGUUUACAGCUCUUAUCACUGUUAUGCUGAACUGAACUCUUCUAUUCACUUCUGAGACUGCCUGGGGAAAUUAAUUUGAGGUAUUAUUGCUCUGAUAAUUUGUCCUUUUUUUUGUUUCUGUAUUUCUCUUCACUAAAUUAACUAUUCACAUUCCAGGUAGGAAGUAUGUAAAGACGUGGCACUUGUGGCAGAAAUAUAAUUAAUGCUUCUACCCUGCUUUUGAUAAUUAUUUAUAAUUGUAAAUAUAUUGUAUUUUAAAUCAGUUUUCAAAGAUGAGAAGAAGAACCCAUAGCUUCUAUGUAUGACAUAUUAGUAUCCAGUCCGUGAAUGUCUCUCCUACAUUACACAGAGGUUGUUGUACCCAUGCUCUGUCCGUGUGUGAGGUCAGGUGUGUGUGUUCUCUAAUGUCGAACUGACAUCACUCAGCCAUAGUCGUGAGUGUUGGCAGUAAGGUGCCUCUGAUCUCUAACAUAGCAGAUGGGAAUGGGAUUAGGCUACUACAAGUAUCAUCAUGGAUGGGAUUUGUUCACCUAAUGAAACUAUCUGUGAGGUGAUCACACCCAGGUGUCGGAUUACAUUAUCUCAGCAUCUGGGCUCUCUUUCCACUGCAGCAGCCCUGGUGUCAAGUACAAUUUGAAUAAUUUCAAAUACUUUAGCUGUGCUUGAUUGAACAAUAGAAUAGUCCCACAAGUGCAAACCCUACCCCCAUCUGGCACUCCAGGUACAUGAAAGCAAAACCUGAAAGUAUUUGAAUUAUUUCAAAUGCUAUUUGAACCCAGGUCAGCACUACCCUACAGCACAGCACAAUGCUGGAGGUUUAUCUAACUGGUGUUUUGACAUAACAAUAAUUAGAUCUGAGAGGUGCUUAAGAGUCACUGCCUCAUUCUAAUCUACUUGCCUUAUACCCUUUUCAAACUAUUGUGCCAAUCAACACUACUGUGCUGGCUCUGAUAUUUUCUUUUCACAUUGUCCUCCAGCAUGGUCUUAAACUAUGGUGGGUCAUAACCAGGUCAGUUCUGCUCAUUUUGGAUCGGCUCAGUACUAGAGGAUAAUAAACUAGCCCUAACACCACCUCUCACUUCUACCCAAGCGCUAUAGGGUGUAUUUAUUAAGUUUUGCAACAGAAACCAUUUACUGUUUUAAGAACCAAAUGGUACUAAAUGGGGAGGGACCUGCCUGAAUUUGUCCAAUAGACAUUUUGUCGUUACAAAGCGUUUUCCGUUUGUAAUAAAUGGUUUCUGUUGCUAAGUGCUUUGCAACAGAUUAAACCUUUUACAACAGAAUCGGCGUAAAUAAUAUACCCCUGGUCAUAACUAAAUACAAAAAACUGUCCUGUCCAGAAUCCCAGGAUUUAAAGCAACAUUUAUGAUAAUGAAGAAAGAUUAUUAGAGGUGUUUAAAAGUUUUGACACUAAACCCUCCUGGGGUAGUUUUAGUUUUAUCUCAGUAUUCAUCAUGCAUAGUUCCUGUGCUACUCUGUAGGAGUGUAACCAUAGUGAAUGUAACCAGUACUAUUCUAUUCACAGAAAACACUAAAGAGUAUCUGAGCACCGCUGUCUGUGGGAUUAUAUUAAAUGCAUUUUCUAAUUCACUGAGAUUCAUUAUGAACGAUCCAUCUAUGCUGUAUUUUUAAUCUGAUGGUUUUCACCACAGGUGAUAUUUUAAAUGUGUGACAUACAUCUGUGUUUUGUUUUCAGAGGUGUUACUGAAAUGGGUCUGUGAAAUGAACUUGAACGAACCGAUAAGCCUAAAUGCGGGGAAAAAUAGCCUACAAUUACAUAAAAACUGUUUGUAUGUUUGUUGUUGCAUGUGGUGAUGGUAUGUUCAUAGGUUAGAGCUCACGUGUGUGUGUGUGUGUGUGUGUGUGUGUGUGUGGAGGCAGGACUCACUGAAAUGUAAGUAUUAUCUCUAGUAGACACAAUGGGGAAACGGUCUUAACAAAGAUCUGUUUCACACAUUAUAACACCAUUUUAAUUUGGGUUAUUAUUGAUGAUAUUGUGGUAACUAGAUAUUUGACAUUGAUAUAUAUGUAAUGUUAAAAAUAGAUGUAUUAUGUACAGAGUAAUGCACUUGUAGAAUGAUCACUCUGCCACCCUUCCAUCCCUUCAUAUUGCUUCUGGAACCAGAACUGAGGUUCUGCUGGUACUGUCUCCAUGACCCCCUCAAUUCAAGCCUGAUCCCAGAUCUGUUUGUGUUCUACCCAACUCCUCUGACUAUUUCUGUCAUGUAUGCCAUAUUCAGAGGAGUUUGUAACAAUUGGCUUUAUUCAUUGUCUCAGAGUUGGAGAACAGAUCUAGGACCUUGUCAUCCCUGUCCAUAUAUUAUUCAUUAUAAUAUCUCUUCAGUCUGUGCAGUACACACCUUGUGUAGAUGUUGAGCUGUUUAUUGGAAGUAGAGUUGUUGAACGUAAGGUUACUAUAUUAUAAAAAAUAAAAUUAAAAAACGUUUUUAUUCCUGUAGAUCUGUUUUUGUAGGAAUUAUUCAUGUGAAUUAAAGACCAGAUUGGUAGAA